AUGGGUGAAAACGGCUCCGGUUCUCCCGGAAAUGGAACGGUGAAAUUGGAAAACAACAAAGGUUAUAAUAGCAGAGAUGUUAUUCCUGGGAGUGAUCUCUGGACAGAUGGACUUAUUUGUGCCUAUGAGUUGGCUCGAAGGCAUAGGAAAUCGACUCCCCCAAGAUCUUCUACUUCCAAGAUGUUUAGCAGACAAACAGAUGGAACUACCAAUGCUUUCUCGCCGAAACAGGAAAGUAGCAAUUUAUUCGAAUCCUCGUCUCUUGCUGAGUCGAGAAGCAACCAGAAUGCCCCUUCUGAUGGCUACAGAGAUAGCCCGAUCCACCGUUCAGGACAGCAUCAUGCUGCUGAAAGAUUUGAGGAUGUUCAUUGGGUGCCCAUUGGGUGGGGUAGAAUUUCUGAACUUGUCCAAACAGUGCAAAUUGAUGGUGACUGGCCAACACAGCAAGUGGAGCUGACGGAUGAUGAAUAUGGUCUUACCGUUGCAGAUUUAGCAGCUCCAUAUUGGGAGCGUCCAGCCGGCCCUACGUGGUGGUGCCAUGUGGCUCCAGGUCACUCCUCUGUCCAGGCUUGGCUCAACAAUGCUAAGUGGUUACAUCCAGCAAUCAGUUUAGCUUUGAGAGAUGAAAGUCGACUCAUAAUUUGUGUUUCUAUCAAGGUCCCAGUGAGGGUUGCUGGAGGUCUGCUAUUUGAGCUCUUGGGACAAUCAGCUGGCGAUCCAUUUGUUGCUGAGGAUGACAUUCCUGUUGUACUGCGCUCCUGGCAAGCUCAAAACUUUCUUGUCACUGCACUGCACAUAAAGGGGCAUGUGUCAAGAGUAAAUGCUUUGGGUAUCACUGAAGUUCAGGAGCUUCUUUUUCUUGGAGGCUAUAAUGCUCCAAGGACAGUGCAUGAAGUCAUUGCACAACUAGCUAGUCGGAUGUCUCGGUGGGAUGAUAGGUUGUUUCGAAAGUCUAUAUUUGGGGAAGCAGAUGAGAUUGAGCUGAAGUUUGUGAACAGGAGAAAUUAUGAAGAUAUGAAUCUCUUCAGUAUUAUCUUGAACCAAGAAAUCAGAAGGCUGUCAAGACAGGUAGCUCCAGUACCAAAACCAGGGGUUAUUCAUUUGCAGGUUAUCAGAGUGAAAUGGUCACUUCAUGCAAGAGAGGAGAUAGUUUUUGAGCUUCUACAUCAUUUGAGGGGAAAUGCAGCAAGAAUGUUGCUAGAGGAAAUAAGGAAGAGUACAAGGCAAAUGAUAGAGGAGCAAGAAGCUGUUCGUGGUCGUUUGUUUACCAUUCAAGAUGUUAUACAAAGCACUGUUCGGGCAUGGUUGCAGGAUCGAAGCCUUCGUGUAACCCAUAAUUUGGCUGUUUUUGGAGGCUGCGGUCUUGUGCUUUCUAUUAUUACUGGGUUAUUUGGAAUCAAUGUUGAUGGGAUCCCUGGAGCAUCUGGUACACCAUAUGCAUUUGCUCUAUUUACAGGCAUCCUCAUCUUCAUCGGAGCGGUGCUGAUUGCUGUUGGCUUGCUUUACCUUGGACUGAAGAAACCAAUCACUGAAGAACAGGUUGAAGUAAAAAAAUUGGAGCUGCAAGAAUUGGUCAAGAUGUUCCAGCAUGAGGCAGAGACACAUGCCCAACUUCGUAAAACUGUGCGUCGUAGUAACUUGCCGCCAACUUCUGGAGAUAUUUUCUCAGAUGAUGUGGAUUAUGUUCUCAUCCAAUGA